UUACGCUGCACGAGUACCUAGUUACACAGAUAUUUCAUGAAUUAGUGUGUUUCGACUACCGGUUGAAUCAACGACAGUUUCAAAUACAAAGUUCAUUUUAACUUUUAAUUGUUUUUGUUCUGUAUCAAAAGCUUUUACUAUGCUCCGAUGACCACGUAACCAAUCAUUAAGUAAAUUAUAUAUUUUAAUAUUUACUGGCUAUCGAUGGUUACAAAUGACAAAUCGUUCAUGAUAUAAUUAUUUUCUACGACUUUCACACAAUAUACUGAUGCAUCGAUUCGGAAUUUAUAAAGUCCAACCGUAUUUAUAUAUUUAAUUACUAAAUCUUAUCAUGGAAAUGGCGACAAACACAGAUAAUAAGACAAACGUAGACGAAAGCAAUCAAGACUGCACCACCAUUUCUUUCGAAACCCACGAUACUCAUCCGAGGGCGUGCAAAGAAGGAUUCAACAACAGUACAAAUUGGCGUUUUCCUCGAUUGCUGAUCAGUAACAACAAACAAUUAGCGCUAAAAUGUCUGUGUCAUGCAGUGGUUUUGGCUUAUUUAUUAGCUGCCAUCCACCAUUGGUAUUUGAGCGACGUAAAAGACAUCGGUUGGAAAAACGGAUUAGGUCUACUAAUCGUUGUGACCACGUGUUAUUACGGUUUGAAGCCAGUCAAAUGCCUGUUCACGUUGAUGCCUUCUAUGAAGCUGUUGCCGCACGCGCACUUCAAAAUCGGAGUGCUGUGUACUUUCUUUGGGUCAUUCAUUUUAUUUAUUUUCUUCGACACAAAAAACAACCGACAUAGACUAUUGCCAUUGGCUGGACUUUGCGUAUUCAUUCUUUUUGGAUUUAUGUUUUCCAAACACCGUGGACACGUGAAUUGGAUCACGGUUGCGUCUGGCCUAGCCACGCAGAUAACUAUAGGCAUGUUGACCAUCAAAUGGCAGGUCGGUCGAUCUAUAGUCCAGGCAGUCGGAGAAUUAGCUGAAAAGUUUUUCUCCUUUGCGUACGUUGGGGCUAAGGUGACGUACGGAAAUGAACUAAUCGACAACUAUGGUGUAUUCGCAUUUAAGGCGCUCUCAGUGUUAUUCUUUAUGUGUUUUGUAAUUGAAAUAUUGUUUUACUAUGGAAUCAUACAAACAAUAGUUAUAAGACUAGGAUGGUGCUUGCAAAAAUUACUAGGAACGACAGCAGCCGAAUCAGUCAAUACCUGUGCCAGUGUGUUUUUAGGCAUGUCAGAGGCGCCUAUUAUCAUUAAACCAUAUUUACAUGAUUUAACAGAAUCAGAAAUCCACACUGUUAUGAUGGGAGGAUUUUCAACAGUAGCAGGAACUGUAUUCGCGGCGUAUACAUCAUUUGGUAUUGACCCGGCCUACAUAAUUACUGCAUCAAUCAUGUCAGCUCCAACUGCGCUCAGUUUCUCUAAACUGAUUUUUCCAGAAACUGAAAAAUCAUUAAACAAUGUGGAUCAAAUAUGUACUAAAAAGACUGAUAACGAGGGUAACGUAAUGGACGCGGCUUGUAAAGGAGCCCAGUUUGGAUUGAAAAUAAUCGGAGCGAUUGUCGCCAACAUAGUGGCGUUCGUGUCGUUCGUUGCGUUCCUAAACGCAGUAAUAUCGUGGUUGGGACAUUUGGUCGGAUUCGAAGGGCUAUCAUUCGAGUAUGUAUUGGGCAAGAUUUUGAUACCCGUCACGUUGCUGUUGGGCGUUGAUCCUAGCGAAUGUGAAGCUGUCGGCAAAUUGAUCGGCCUAAAAAUGACAAUUAACGAAUUCGUGGCGUACAAGCAAAUGGGUGAUCUAAUUAAAGAAGGCAAGAUUAACCGCAAGUCGGAAAUCAUCGCCACUUUUGCUUUAUGUAGUUUUGCCAAUCCUGGAUCGAUUGGGUCGAUGAUUGCCACAUUGACGACAUUGUGUCCGGCACAGCGAUCGUCGAUAACCAAAAAUGUGUUUAGGGCAUUCUUCGGUGGUACAGUCACUUGUUUUUUAACGGCUGCUGUUGCUAGUUUAUUAAUGCCCGAUGAAGGAUUACAUAACUAAAAGCAAUUAUUUAUCAUUGUAAUUUUUGUAUGUACAUUUUGUUUUUUUUUUUUUUUAUAUAAAUUUAUGUGAUGUAUUAUUUUUUGCCUACGUAUUAGUAAGCAUACCUAUAUCUAUCUAUUGGUAGGCUGGUAGGUAAUAUAAUAUAUUUUAUUAUUGUUAUGGAAACUGUAUGGACCGAAUUCUCAUUCUGUUUUGUUAAACAUGACUAUUUUAUAUUGUUAGAUUAUACUUAAUUGAUAAUAUUAUGUAAAUAUAUACACACAAUGUGAAUAAAAACUACA